UUGAACAGCAUGAGAUUCCACUUGUCUCAUCUCGUUUCUAUAUAAAUUGGGUUCUAAACAAGGUAUUACCCAUCACUUUGCAAGACUAAUUUGUACAGAAUUUGAGUUAGCCCUUUUCCAUCUUGUGAGAAAAAGAAUGGCUCCCUCUCCUUUUCAUCUUAAAGCUUCACGCCAUGCUCGUUCCAUCAGUUUGCCAUCCAGAUCUCAUCCUCUUACUCAUCAACUUGAGGAGCAGUUGCACAGAUUAAGGGCUUCAGAAGCCACCUCAUCAUCAUCAAUAUCUUACAACUUGGGUGGCCUCAAAGAUUUAUAUGACAGCGUCAAUGAUUUCCUUCUUUUGCCACAGACCCAACAAACAUUAGCCCAAGAACGAGGAGAGAAAUGGGUUGAUGAGGUGUUGGAUGGAUCUCUCAGGUCGCUGGAUGUGUGUGGUACAGCAAGGGAUGCUCUUUCACAGAUGAAACAAUGUGUGACAGAGCUUCAAUCUUCCCUCCAUAGAAUAAGAGGGAAAUCUGGUCUAGCAAAUGAAGUUGAAGCAUACAACAUGUCCAGGAAGAAGGUGACUAAGGUGAUCAGCAAGUGCCUUGGAGAUCUAAGGAAAGUACAGAAGCAGCGUGCAUUUUCAUCUCUCUUAGACAAAAACUGUGACAUUGUUGCCAUGGUUAGUGUGCUAAGAGAAAUGGAAGCAAUCACCCUCUCCAUGUUCGGUUCCUUACUGUCGUUCGUAUCUUGGCCAAAGGCAAUGCCAAGGCCCAACAGUUGGUCUUUGGUUUCCAAAUUGAUUGACAAGAAACAUGUGGCAGAAGAUGAGGAAGUGAUGGAGAUAUGUGAAUUUGAGAAGGUGGAUGUCGCAGUGGGUGCCUUCGUUGGCCAUAAGACACACAAAAGCUUCAAGUUGAGGCAUGCUGAAACACAGAAGCGAUUGGAGACAUUGGAGUUGAGCAUCCAGGAUCUUGAGGAUGGAUUGGAAUGCAUCUUCCGGAGUUGA